AUGCAGCUGUAUACACUUAUCACAACUCUCGCCCUCUGUGGCGCUGUCACCGCCGCCCCGGCAAGUCUCCAUCGCCGCACUGGCAGAACAAGUGCACCCUCAGGAUGUCUCACUGUCGGAUCUGGGGGAACGUACUCAACUAUCGGGGAUGCAUUGGACGCACUGGGCUCGUCUUCUGAUGCAGCCUGCGUCUAUAUUGCCAGUGGCACCUAUGAAGAACAGCUUACCAUUGACUAUAACGGAAACCUAACCUUGUACGGUGAGACAACUGACACGGGGACCUAUAAAGACAAUACGGUGACUAUCACGCAUACUAUCUCCUCCGAAGAAGCAGGGUCACUGGACUUGAGUUCCACUGUCAAUGUGGUUGCUGCCAAUUUCAAGAUGUAUAAUAUCAACGUGGUAAAUGGAUACGGCGAGGGAGCACAGGCUGUCGCUCUCACUAGCAACGCUGACCGGCUUGGAUUCUACGGUUGUCAAUUCUCCGGAUACCAGGAUACACUGUAUGCCAAGGCAGGAACACAGUAUUAUUCAAAUUGCUUGGUUGAAGGGGCCGUGGACUACAUAUUCGGUGAUGCCUCCGCCUGGUUCGGCGAAUGUGACAUAGUCUCCAACGGUGCUGGCGCAAUAACUGCCAACUCACGAGAGACAACCAGUGACACUGCAUGGUAUUGUAUUGACAGCAGCACUGUCAACGCCGCUUCAGGCACCAGCCUCGAGGGCGAGGUCUAUCUUGGAAGGCCCUGGAGAGUGCUUGCUCGUGUGAUCUAUCAGAACUCGGAACUUGGGAGCUUGAUAAAUGCUAAAGGGUGGACCACAAUGGCUGAGGGGGCGACGCCGCUGUUUUAUGAGUACAAUAACAGUGGUGACGGUUCGGAUACAUCUGGAAGGGAGUAUGAGACUUCCAUAUCGGCGGCUGUAACAAAGACCACGGUUCUUGGGAGUGAUUGGGGAGAUUGGACUGAUCGAACUUAUUGA